GUUGUGUAGUAGAGGGUAGAGGCUGGGGUUGGGGGCAGUCACCACUUUCUGUCCAGUGCUUGUCUGUGGCAGUUCCUCUUGGUCGUUCCAAGCGAACACUUGUUCUGUUCGUUGUCUUGCUCUUGUCAGUGUUCAGACGACAACUCUAUGGAUUUUAUGUGACAUGCUUGACAAAUAAAACAUUGUGGUCUAAUAAUGAGAACAAGCAGCACUCAAGCAGGUAGCCAUAGCUACCUGUUGUAUGGAUUUGUUUCUGUUGCUUUAACAGUCCUUAUAGGAACAGAAUGCACGGCUUCGGAUGUACUACAAUGUUACAAAUGCUCCGUGACUGUGGAGAGGUAUGUGAUUGAUAACAGAACUAUUGUGACGCCGCUGUGUUCCAAAUUCGAGGAAUCAUCUCAAUACAUGGUGGAUUGUCCAUAUUCCACAAUGUGCUUGAAAACCAUAUCAGCUUUGCAUUUACAAAAUGGACAGAAACAGGAAACCGUCACUCGUGGCUGUGCCCAACAAAAGAAUACAACUCAGAUUUUCCGCAAUAAACAAUGGGAGCAGGAACAUUCAGUACAGGAAGUGUACGAGGAAGGUUGCACAGAGAUCAAGACGAACAAUUUGGCGGGAUCAACAAAAACGCAUUGCUAUUGUAGGGGAGAACUGUGUAAUUCAACGGAUCUGCUUAAUGUGAACAACUGGUUACUGAUUCUGUUGACUGCCACAAGCAUAUUGCAAUGUUUGCUUGCUACUUAAACCUGCCGGCUGCAUUUAGAUCAAUAUAUUUAGUAUUUAUGUAUAUCGAAUACUUUGUGUAUACUCAAUUUUCAGUUAGAAAUCCAAUGCAUUGCAUAGCUCCUUGUGAUAAAUAAAUAAAAUAUGUGAGAUGAUCGUUUACAUGUUGAA